AUGCCUCAGAGCUCAGCAAGGGGAUCUACUCCCCCACCAGAACUUCUGGAGAGGCAUGGGGAGUCCACACCAGACAAGGCACUUCCUCACAGGAGUUAUAUCCUAAGGAAGAUGUUUCCAGUUGGAAUCCAGACACCGGCUCCUCCUACAAGACAGAAAUCAUCCGGCUCGAAUCCGAAGUCGCCUCCAGGAGAUCUGAUUGCCUCUGUAGCCAGGUAUAUCAGUGGUACCAUCGAAUCACUCUCCAAACUGCACACAGAAUCCACAACCUGGCCAGGAAAGAAAGAGGAGUGGCUGAGGAAAAAGGGAUACUGGAUUGGGGGACCAUCUUUCCAGUGGAUUUCUGUAUCACCUCCAAAGAGGGAUCCUGGGAUCUACCCCCCAUGUCAUCCGCCUCAACCGCCGAUGACAUCUGGCACUCCACAGCCGGGGACGGUUGGGAAUCCCCCUGGCCAGACACCUCAUAUGAGGCCAUAUGGCCCAAUCCCAUGGCCCAAACAGCCAUCAAUGAAGACCUAUGGGACUCACUUUCAACCCCUAUCAUCAUUGGGGAAGAAUACCGAACAGGCCCAGAAGAAGAAGAAGAAAGUGAUACCCCCACCGACACCUCCUCUGACGAGGACGAAACCGUCCAUGUCUUUGGUGCUGAAUUUCAACACUGAAGACAUCUUCAACAUAAAGAAACUGGGAGGAGACUGGACCAAACCACACCUACCAUCUAAGGUGUUUUGGACCACAUCUCUAGACCCCGAACUAGGAAAGAGGGCCCCCUCUCUCUCCCAAUACAGAGGCAUGUCAUGCCCUGAAGAAACAGAUGAAGGAAUGGACAUGGACCAGUCUCAAGAGAGAACGAAGGUGCUUCCAAUAUGGAAACACUGGGCAUUUUGUUCGGCACAACAAGUGUUCUCCCCGACAAAUUGA